GCUGCAAAACUGCGAGAGAAGCGGUGAUUGAAGGGGAUAGCAGAGCGGCGGUGGCGACGACGGCCAUCUUAGAGCUACCGUGGUAACCGACAUUCAUCUUCUGGAUUUUAUUUUUCUUGUUAGAGAAAUACUCCGCCUGACUGACGAGGGAAGAAGAAGACUGUUUUUUUUUAUUGCACCGCCGUUGAACUCGAAGUCGGGAUGCGGUUCCGAGGGAAUACACAAUUUGCAUCCGCUGUCGGACUGGUCCUCGGACUAUUAUGUGCGGUGGAGGCAGCUAAAGUCAAUAAACACAAACCAUGGAUUGAGACGACAUACCAUGGAAUCGUGACGGAAAAUGAUGACAAAGUACUUCUGGACCCCCCUCUAAUUGCGCUGGACAAGGAUGCUCCUCUACGCUAUGCAGAGAGUUUUGAGGUGACCCUCACUGAAGAAGGUGAGAUUUGCGGCUUCAGGAUCCACGGGCAGAAUGUCCCCUUUGAGGCAGUGGUCCUGGACAAGUCCACUGGCGAGGGGGUCAUGCGUGCCAAGGACAAAUUGGACUGCGAGCUGCAGAAGGAGCACACCUUCACCAUACAAGCCUACGAUUGUGGAGAGGGUCCUGACGGCGCCAACAUGAAGAAAUCCCACAAGGCCACUGUGCACAUCCAGGUAAACGACAUCAAUGAGUAUUCACCAGUGUUCAAGGAGAAGUCCUACAAAGCCACCGUUAUCGAGGGAAAGAAGUAUGAUAGCAUCUUGAAGGUGGAGGCGGUGGACGCUGACUGCUCUUUCCAGUUUAGCCAAAUCUGCAACUACGAGAUUGUCACCCCUGAUGUGCCCUUUACCAUUGACAAAGAUGGCUUCAUCAAGAACACGGAGAAACUUAGCUACGGCAAGGAGCGCAUGUAUAAGCUGACUGUGACUGCCUACGACUGUGGGAAGAACCGUGCCUCUGAGGACGUUCUGGUCAAGAUCAGCGUCAAGCCCACGUGCAAACCAAGCUGGCAAGGCUUCAGUAAGAGGAUUGAGUACGAGCCUGGCACAGGUAGCCUGGCCCUUUUCCCCAGCAUGCAUUUGGAGACCUGUGAUGAGCCAAUCACAUCCAUCCAAGCCAGUGUUGAACUGGAAACCAACCAUAUUGGAAAGGGCUGUGACCGUGACACCUACUCUGAGAAAUCACUGCACAAGCUGUGCGGUGCCAGCUCCGGCACUGUCGAGCUCCUACCUGCACCCAGCAGCUCUGCCAACUGGACAGUAGGCCUACCUACUGACAACGGGCACGACAGCGACCAGGUGUUUGAGUUCAAUGGCACCCAGGCCAUCAAGGUUCCCGAUGGCCUGGUGAGCACCAACCUGAAGGAGCCCUUCACUAUCUCUGUGUGGAUGAGACAUGGCCCCGGGGCCCAUGAGAAGGAGACCAUCCUGUGCAACUCUGACAAGACAGAGAUGAACAGACACCAUUACUCGCUCUACGUCCACAACUGCAGGCUGAUCCUUCUCCUCCGCCAGGAUCCAUCAGAGGCCGAGAACUACAAACCGGCCGAGUUUCACUGGAAACUCGACCAGGUGUGUGACAAAGAGUGGCAUCACUAUGUGCUGAAUGUGGAGUUCCCCACUGUGUCUCUGUUUGUGGAUGGAAAUACCUUUGAACCCUUCCUGGUAACGGAGGACUACCCAUUGCAUCCCUCCAAGAUCGAAACUCAGCUUACCAUCGGUGCCUGCUGGCAAGACAACUCAGGACAUGACAAUGACACUGAGUCAGUCUCUGAGCCCACCUCAGGCGGAGCCGCUCGCAUGACUCAGUUUUUCCGGGGGAACCUAGCAGGACUGAUGAUCCGCUCUGGCAAGCUAGAAAACAAGAAGGUGAUUGACUGCUUGUACACCUGCAAGGAAGGACUGGAUGUGCAGCUGCCUGAGGAGGUAGCCUCAGCUGUCAAGGUGGAGUUCAACCCCAACCAAUCGUCACUGACUGUGGAGGGAGACGACAUUGAUGCCUUUGACAAGGUCAUGCAGCACAUUUCAUAUUUGAACUCCCGCCAGUUCCCGACCCCUGGCAUCAGGCACCUUCGCAUCUCCACCACAGUCAAAUGUUUCAACGAAGAGUCCUGCGUUUCGGUGCCAGAUGCUGAAGGUUACGUUAUGGUGCUGCAGCCUGAAGAGCCCAAGAUCAGCCUGAGCGGCAUUGACCACUUUGCUCGCAGCGCAGCCGAAUUCGAGAGCCAGGAAGGUGUGACGCUGUUCCCUGAGCUACGCAUCGUGAGCACCAUCACCCGUGAAGUGGAGGCCGACACUGAGUCCGAAGCGGCAGAAGGAGCUGACGAUGACCCCACGGUCCAAGAGACAGUGGUGUCUGAGGAGAUCAUGCACAACCUGGACACAUGUGAAGUGACUGUGGUGGGAGAUGAGCUGGACGGGGAGCAUGAGAGCCUGGAGGUGGACAUGUCCCAGCUGCAGCAGCAUGGCCUGGAGAUGAGUUCUUCUAACCUGGGCCUCGCCAUCAACGGCGUGAACACCAUGGCCAACUAUGAGCAGGUGCUGCAUCUUAUCCGUUACAAGAACUGGCACACAGAGGCUCUCUUUGACAGGAAAUUCAAGCUGGUCUGCUCUGAACUCAAUGGUCGCUACAUUAGCAAUGACUUCAAGGUCGAGGUGAAUGUAAUCCACACGGCCAAUCCUGUGGAGCAUGCCAACAAUGCCAUGGCGCAAGCCAACUUCAUUAACCCUGUGCACCACGCCUCUGUAGAUCUGUCUGGUCACAACCUGGUCAACGCUCACCAGGCCUCAGUGGUUCCCAGCGCCGCCACCAUUGUCAUUGUGGUGUGUGUGAGCUUCCUGGUGUUUAUGAUCAUCCUGGGUGUGUUCCGCAUCCGGGCUGCACACCAGCGCACCAUGAGAGACCAGGAGAGUGGCAAGGAGAACGAGAUGGACUGGGAUGACUCGGCCCUCACCAUCACUGUCAACCCCAUGGAGACGUACGAGGAUCAGCACAGCAGUGAGGAGGAGGAGGAAGAGGAGGAGGAGAGCGAGGAUGGAGAGGAGGAAGAUGACAUCACGAGCGCUGAGUCAGAGAGCAGCGAAGACGAAGAGGGCGGGGAGCCGGAGGACCAGCAGGGGGCCAGCAGACAGCAGCAGCUGGAGUGGGACGACUCCACACUCACCUACUAGAGCAACACACAAAACCCUCAACACAAGCUCUCUCUCUCUCUCACACACACACACACAAACACACACACACCCCCCACCAAAUCACACUCACUCACAUCCUCAAAUCUACUCCUCCACACACACACACACACACACUCCCAUCCCCAACAGUUUCAUGUCCAAGGAGCCAUGAUGUAAAAAAAGCAAAAAUCAAAAACAGACAAAAAAAAACAAAAGAGAAAAAUUCCUUUCAGCGUAUAUAUGGUCAAGGUUUUCCUGUUGUUAUCUUAGUGGUGGUACUCAGUGUAGUGUAGUCAUCACCGGAUUGCUGAUUUUUACUGUUUAUUUUUUUAUUUAUUAUAUUUUAAUUCCCAGGAAAACUUGGCCUACAUUUUGUUUUGAACUGUGUGAGGAAGCCACCCCUGCACUUUGUUUUCUCUCAGACGUAAGGCUUUCAAAUUGAAAUAUUUUUUUUCCCUAAUGUAUAUUCUUUGCGUAAUGCUUUUAGAUUUGUUUGCCGCUAAACUCUCACGUAUAGCUUUGACUUGAGUUUUCUUGACUUGUAGUCCACAGUGAAAUGAAAAUAUGCUUUUAGCAAGUAGACCGCAUUUUCUUUUCCUUCUUUUAGUGCAUGAGGAAAUUCAACAAGUCAUAUGUGUAGAGAAAUACAUUGCUUUUUAAAGAUUUUGUAAAUAUAAAGAAACCAUGUAAUUAGUCUAUGUGUUAGUGAAGGCCUACUCACCAGGGUCCAAUAUCUAAAAUGACGCAGUAUGUAAUGUAGAAUAUUUGUGUCACAGAGGCUCUAGCAUGUCGCUCAAUUUUCUGCAAAAGCUGUUCCAUCAUGCUUGUACAAAAAUGUCUGCUCCUUGAUGAGAAACCCAGGACUGUUAAGCAGAGGUUUCCACGACAAAGUGGUGUCCAUAUUGUCUGUUUUUUUUUCUUUUCUUGCAAAGAGAAAAAUAAUUUCUGUUGCUUCUCUCAUAGGCAGGACUGAUCGAUGGUUGCAGCUUCAUACGUGCUUUGCUUUGCUUGCACAGGUGGCAACGCUCUACUCCAGGCGUCUGUGUAUUUCAUUCCCAAUAGAUCUCACUGUUGUACAGAAGGGAUUUUCUUUUUUUUGUUCAGGGUUAAUCAUACUCAGAGAAACGCUGAUGUACAAAUCGACAUUUCAUGCCUAACGGUACGAACACCAGGCUUGCAGGUACUGAAGUGCUGUUGAUCCGGAAAUAUGGGUACUAACAUUUCUGCCAGUGUGUUUGGACAAGUAGAGCGAUCUCCUCAGCGGCUUUAAAAGCCUUGCGUCUGUAUCCCAGUUCUUACUGUGCUGACAGAAGUAGAAAGGGGGGAAAAAAACCCACAGACUACUGAAAAAGCCGAUUUGUGGCAGACAGUUAGUGGAGCCUGGUUGAAUAGCACAGUUGCUGGCAUUGUUUUGGGGGGGAGAGAAAUUAAAUGAAAGUACUUUACGGGAUUGCUUUGAUGCAAAUUUAUUUAGUGUCGUGGCUGUUUAACCUGAAACAACAAAACAUAGAUGCAUUUUUAAACUGGUUUCCAAUUGCAAAAUAAGCGCCGUCUUUAUCGUAUGUCAUGGAAUUGUCACUGAGGGUGUGACUCCAUAAUUAACCAUAAGAAAACGCUUUAAAAAUGAAUCUUCUUCCUGUUUGAAUCUUAAAAUGAAAUAUUGCAGUAGACCACUAGAUUUUAUUGUACAAUGAACUGUACUGUAGAGUUGUUUGAAGAAGUUUGUUUACAUUUGGUAAACUUAUUUUUCUCCUGGUAGUAGUAUAAAUCUUAUACAGUUGAUUGGGAAAAUGUGUCCAACCUGUAUUUCCUCUCGGAUGCUGUUGUCCAUCACCGUUGUAUAUAUCUUUCACAAAACCAGACACAGAUGUACCUUCACAUAGUGUUUGUCUCAUGUUUUUGGGUACCAAGUAAGAUGCUGACGUUUCCCAAAAGCAGAAGUUAAACAGAAGGUUUCAGGAUUAGAAGUGUUGCCGUUGUUUAUCUCAUUCUUUGCACGCAAGUCAGUUUUCCAAAACUGAAUUCUAAAAACACAUUCAGGAGUCCUUUUUGGAGGCAGUUUCCAGGCUACUCUUGACGGUUAGAGUCACACAAUAGUGUCUCUUUGGUUCAGUUAAUUUAUAAUUUUUUAGAGGUUUAUGGUGGAAAUGUGGUGAAGAGUCUCCCCUCCAUUAUGGCUUGGACUUGUGAAAAGGGGGCCAGGUCUGAGCCGGCUGAGAUGGGAGUGCCUUUUUCCGAUCAUAGCGCGAUUUAGCAGGUCUAACAAAAACACUCAUUUGUGCUCUUUUAUUUGUGGCAAUUUUGUUUUUAAUUUGUUUUUGUUUAAUGCUAGAUUUCGUCCACCGCUGAGAGUUACAUUUUGUUGUUAAAAUAGUCCACCGCUAGUUUUAUUAAAAGUGAAGAACACUUUACAUAGAUGUCAUGUGUCCAUGUUGAUGUGUAGAGGAAGUAGAUCCAUAUUGUAUCUUCUAUAGAUAUUGUACUAAAUCAUUGACGGAAUCCACUUUUAAAAAGAUGUACAGGUCAUUAUGAAAUUGCUUUGGCAGCAUACAUGGGUAUACUGUUGACUCACCUGUUUGUGUAUAGUGGAAAGUAAUUUUGAACAGUGUCCUAUUGCCUGAGUUGUUGAGAAAUGAUCUUGAGGGCAGCAUGAAAUUCACAAGAACCAGAGUUACAAGCCUGUUGACUCCGAAAUUCUCAUUUUCAUUAUGUCAAACACUCGAUGUCCACGUUUUGUCUACAGUUCAUAAGCACCACGGGUCACUGAGCCGUGCACACUGACUCUCAAGUCAUGUCUCCACGGUGACUUCACCGUGUCCAGUUUUCUGUCUGGGUUUAAUGCUUUCUGAUCAGCUCCUGAGCAAAGUGUAAGUUGGUCGAAUUGAAUGUCACUGCCUAACAAACUGAAACGCAGCCAUACUGUAGGAACACUAAAGAUGUAAGGGGAGUUUACUUUGCAUGAACCACGUGUUUGUGUACGUUCCAUGUGGGGUUGUGAGACUGGAGUGAGAAAGGAGACGUGAUACACUACUGAAUCUCAGAUUGUCUGUUUUACACGUCCAGAUAUAUUUUUUCUGUUCUUUUCUUCUUUUAAAAAUUAGCUCAAAAUGGAAGGUGACAAUGUUUUCAGAGUGGUUGAAUGCUUCCUUUGUGCUUGUUGGAGCUGCUCUCACUUUUCUACCAAUUGAAAGGCAAAUUGUAGUGAAGUUGAUACUUGCUCGUAAACAAAAUAAAGGAUUAUGAGAUGGGGUAUAA